AAACUCUCAUAUUAUAUUUGUGAUGUGAUGUGAGUGAUAUGUGUCCGGCUGAAGCCUUACAAUGAAGCUGAUGGCAAUCAUUUUCACUAUUAUCUGUGAUUUUAUACAGAUUAACAAGAUGCCCAGUAUUCUGCACGAAAUUUCCACCCCCUACAAGAAAGCCACCUUUGGUAUGGGAUGUUUUUGGGCAUGCGAUGCCCUGUUUGGAGCGCAAAAGGGAGUGUUGCGUACCCGAGUUGGAUACUCCGGCGGGACAACAUUAGACCCUGUAUAUAAAAAAAUGGGAGAUCAUACCGAAGUCAUCGAAAUUGACUAUGAUCCCAAGACAAUAAGUUAUGAAGAUCUGUUAGCACUCUUUUGGGACAAUCACGAAUACGGUUUGACAACCAUUAUCAAGAGACAGUACAUGUCCCUCAUUUUAUAUCACAAUGAAGAUCAAAAAAGAAUUGCCGAGAUAUCCCUUAAAAAGGAAGCACAUAAAAGAAAUACAAAACUGGUGACGGAAAUUGCACCUGCGGGCCCUUUUUAUCCUGCAGAAGAUUACCAUCAAAAGUAUCGACUACAAGAACACAGUUGGUUAUGCGAAGAUUUGGGUCUGACACCAGAAUUGUUGCAGACUUCGCAUGUGGCAGCGAAGCUCAAUGGUUAUUUAGUUGGUGUCGGAAAAGAGGAGGACUUUCAAAAGGAUGCCACAAAACUAGGACUUUCCGAUAAAAUUACCACUUAUGUUCGAAGACAUUUGAAGGAAAAUGUAGGAGGAAAUCUGUAUUGCUAAAUGAAUUUAUUGAGUUACAGAUUUCUCCUUGAACAGUGAUAUUAGGUGAUUCUUAUCUAGGACCGUUCCUAGAAUGUACGCCGUAUGUGUUGUGUUGCUCAAUUUUGUAAAUGAUAAUAUAAACUGCUAUUAAGUCUCUAUAUUUAACAUGUUAUUUAUUAAUUUAAUGGUAGCGGGGUGAUACAUUGGAAUAUGCUAUAUAUAAUAUAGAACACCUCCCAUGUACGACGCACAACACUUAGAACGGAUCUGAUAUCUGAUUAUUUAAUACAAAAGGGUCCAGACAUGUUUCCGGUACGAUUGAAUUUGUAAAUGUAUAAGCAAUCAGUAUUUUUUCAAUUGUACCCAACAGUUUUAAAAAAAUAAAAAUUUGUUAAGCUAAA